AUGGCGCUGGUAGCCUACUCCGACUCCGAAGGCUCUGAUGCCGAGCCCGAUACUACCCCGGCCUCCUCCACCGCGAACAAAGCUGAGUCUGGCCCUGGCUUCCAAGUGGACCGCAGCAACCCGCGCAAGAUCCGCGUUGCUCUCCCAGAGGUCAAGCCAGAACAUGCACCCGACCAGGACGGCGAGGAUGGACCUGCGCGCAAGAAGGCCCGGGUAGGAGGUGGAGGUGCCUUCUCAGGCUUCAACUCCUUCCUUCCCGCCCCGAAAAAGGCCGAGAAGAAAGCGCCGGUGGCUACGACCCGCAAGGUGUUCAGCCUGAAGACUGGCGCGACGCCUGGCUUCAGCCGUGAGGCCGAUGCGGAGAUGAGGAAUGAUUUCGCAUUCGACGCCGAUGCUGGCGGAGAUGACGCGGACACCAUCCCUGCGGCUGGAAGCCUGGGAUCGCAAACCACAUCAAACGAUGCGCCGACGACAACGACAGAGAUUGGGGAGUUCAAGCUGCAAGGGAACCCCAUGAUGUUCAGACCUUUGUCUGUGGGGCGUAACCAAAAGAAGAAAAAGUCUACCAAGACUACAUCCCAACCCAUACCUUCAGCGCCAGCGCCCAGAGGCCAAGGUUCAGAAAUGGCAGCACCUCAACCGACUACAAAAGCGCCCGCGGAGCCAGCUCCACCAAAACCCAAAGUCAGUCUGUUCUCGCUGUCUUCCGAAGACUCGAGUCGAACAGACGAUCUCCCCGCGUCAGCAGGGACGUACGAGCCAUUGGUAUACGAAACCGAGACGCCAUCUGCAGGCCCAGCACCAGCGCCUGAGCUCGCCUCCGCUGUUCCAGACUAUUCCAAAACCACGACAGUAUCUUCAAAUCCUUCGUCAUUGGAUAAUAUCGCCAACGAUCUGAACCUCUCGAAAUCAGAGCGACGCCAACUCUUCGGCCGUAACGCACCGCCAGCCGAGUCUCGCAUUCUCGAGUUCAAUACGGACAAGGAGUACGCCACAAACCAGGCACUUGCACAGACUGAAUUGGCUGCUACUCAACAUAACCCGGUCCGUGCCAUUGCGCCAGGCAAGCACACUUUGCAGCAACUGGUCAACGCAGCGAGCUCGCAAAAGGACGCGCUGGAGGAGAGCUUUGCCGCAGGAAGGCGAAACAAGAAGGAGGCGGGUUCGAAGUAUGGAUGGUAG